AUACUUGUGAAUUAAUCCUGAAGAGAAAUUCUAUGUAUUAGUGAUUGUGGAAACGCUUUCAUCCGAGCUCAGUAGAUGCUAGGAGAAAACCCUCGUAUGUAACGGGAUGUUGGAAAGUCUUCAUCCUGAGUCGGGUCUUCUGCAAGAUGCACUCAGUCCUGGAGGGGACCUUUAUGAAUGCAAUGAAUGUAGAAAAACCUUUAGCCUAAAAGAAAACUUGGUAGAACACAAGAAAAUGCAUAGUGGAGAGAAAUCACAUGAAUGUACAGAAUGUGGCAAAGCGUUUUCUCGAGUCUCAUCACUCACUCUACAUUUGAGAGGGCAUGCACGGACGAAAUCAUACAAAUGUAGGAAAUGUGGAAAAGCCUUCAGCCAGAGAGGAGACUUCCUCUCUCAUCAGAAACAACAUGCUGAAGAGAAGCCCCAAGACUGUGAGAAAACUUCCAUUCAGAUGACACCCCUCAUUAGAAAUCAGACAAAUACGGGGAGCAAACCAUUCGCAUGUCAGCAAUGUGGAAAAGCUUUUAAUGGCAAAUCGUAUCUCAAAGAACAUGAGAAAAUUCAUACUGGAGAGAAGCCAUUUGAGUGUAGUCAGUGUGGAAGAGCCUUCAGCCAGAAGCAAUACCUCAUUAAACACCAGAACAUCCAUAGUGGGAAGAAACCUUUUAAAUGUAAUGAGUGCGGUAAGGCAUUUAGCCAGAAAGAAAACCUCAUUAUACACCAGAGAAUCCACACUGGAGAGAAACCCUAUGAAUGUAAAGGGUGUGGGAAAGCCUUCAUUCAGAAAUCAAGCCUCAUUAGGCACCAGAGAAGUCACACUGGAGAGAAACCUUAUACAUGUAAGGAGUGUGGGAAGGCCUUCAGUGGCAAAUCAAACCUCACUGAGCAUGAGAAAAUUCACAUCGGAGAGAAACCCUAUAAAUGUAAUGAGUGUGGGACAAUUUUCAGGCAGAAGCAGUACCUCAUCAAACACCACAACAUUCAUACCGGUGAGAAACCCUAUGAAUGUAAUAAAUGUGGGAAAGCCUUUUCCCGGAUUACAUCACUUAUUGUGCAUGUGAGAAUUCAUACCGGUGAUAAACCCUAUGAGUGUAAAAUCUGUGGGAAAGCCUUCUGUCAAAGCUCAUCCCUUACCGUGCAUAUGAGAAGCCAUACCGGUGAGAAACCCUAUGGUUGUAAUGAAUGUGGGAAGGCCUUUUCUCAGUUCUCAACUCUUGCUUUACACAUGAGAAUCCAUACUGGUGAGAAACCUUAUCAAUGUAGUGAGUGUGGGAAGGCCUUCAGCCAGAAGUCACACCACAUUAGACACCAGAGAAUUCACAUUCAUUAAAACUCUAUGAAUGCCUUAGAUUUAGGAACGCUUGAGCAGAGUGUAUGAUUAGUAAUAUAUCAGAAGAGUUGUCUUACGUUAAAUUUAUACGAAUGUAGGAAAUCCUGUAGAGACCCAAAAGUACAAAGUUAUUUAGUAAGAUGUAUUACAAUAUAUUACAUACUUCCCAGACUCUCAUAAUAAACAGUAUUAUAAUUUUAGGACCCUCCUCAAUGAACUUAGAGUCCAAUUAGCAUAGUCUUAGAAAGCUUAUCAAAUGUAUUGAGAUAAUAUGAGCAAUAUAAAGGUUUGAAAUUAAGAGGCAAAAAUAUUUUUGAUAUAUGCUUUGCUAUAUGAAUAAUUUGUAAAAAAUCAUUUUUCAAAAAAGGCAUUUCGGGACAGGGUCUCCCUAUGUACAUAGCCCAGGGUGACCUUAAACGCACUGUGUAGUCCAAGUAGGCUUCACGCUUCUGUUCAUGCACUUACCCAGCCUCCCAAUGCUGCAAUCACAGAUGUACAACACCAUGUCUUUGCUGAUAGAACUGUAUAAAGUUGAGGUCAGGACAGAAUAUUGAAUCUAGAAACAUGAAUGAAUUCAUGGGAGACUGGCAAUUGAUUCUGGCAGUAUCCCAGACUUCCAGAAAUCAUGGGUGACUUAAAUAACAAUCUCAGGAUAAUUAACUGGUAGGGGAAAGUUACAGGCCUCUGAUGUCUUCAUCUAUUGACACAUUUCUUAGGAAUAACAAUGUCCUUGCAGAAAGCAAAGCUUUGUAUAAAAAGAUUUCGGAGAGGGUGGUUUCUCAGACGAGUAGGAACGAAAUUCUAGAUUCUAGGAUCUUCAGCUGUUAACCCCUGAGCGUUUAUGCUUAAGACAUGGAUAUGCUUAUGUAGGGAGUCGUGUACCAGUUGGUCUGUUCAUUGCAGCAUGAAUUGUGGUAGCAAAAAAUGGGCACAGGUGUUUGUUGCUUAUGAAGCAGAUAAGUAAAAUGCAACAGUCACACAGUAGAAUACUCUAGCAACUAAGCACAACACGUUAAGUCUAUGUGUUAACAGCAAAAGAAAAA